CCGGGAGGCUGGGGCGCGCGUGCGCCGUGGGCCGGGCCGCGGGCAUGGUGCUGGGGCUCGUAGCUGCUGGAGGCCGGGCGGUGGCGGCAGCUGUCCUCUGCUCUGGGCCGGGCCGACUCUCCAGCUGGGACUGGUGCCGCUGGCUUCCUGGAGGCUGCAGCGCUCUCCACAGGCUCUGCACCCGGAUCCCAGUCUGCGAAGGCCGCAGAGAGUUCAGGAAGGACCAUGCGGACGAGGGCUCCCAAACAGGGGCAGAUGGGACGAGGCGUCCCAGGUCCUCGCCGCCCAGCGGGGGCACUUCAGAAGCCCCGUACCCCUCACCACCUGAGCUGCAGCCCCCCACAAACUGCUGCAUGAGCGGCUGCCCCAACUGCGUGUGGGUGGACUAUGCAGAGGCGCUGCUGCGGCACUACCAGGACGGCGGGGAGCGGGCCCUGGCUGCCCUGCAGGAGCACGUGGCCGACGAGAGCCUCCGGGCCUUCCUCAGAAUGGAGAUCCAGCUCCGCAUGAGGAGCAGGGGCUGAGCCGGCCCGGAGCUCCCGCCCAGGCAGCGCUGUGGCCUCCUCAUCCGUGGCCCCCAGUGUGGCUUGUGUCCGGUGGGGCCGGAAGAAUUACUUGUUGACCCAAAAAUAAAUCAAUUCUCUGUGCUGCUGUCCAAAA